AUGGCGGAAGGCGGCGGCGAAUUUGGUUACGAAGACCCGGACCUUGACAAUCGAGUUGACCACGAUGAUGACGAUUAUGAGGAACAAGAGGUUGAGAGAACCCAACCUUUUGAGCCAGGCGUGGCAUCCACUCCCUACCAACCUGGCGCCCCCUACCACGUGGGUGAACAAAUGGAAAUGCAUACUAUGCAGCACGAGCAAGAAGAAGAAAAGAAAGAAGUGGAAGCUCUGAGAUGUAAAAUCGAGAAAACUGAUGCUCAGAUUGAUGCCAUUCAGGAUAAACAAGGUUCGAAUCUUGAAAGUGAAGCAGAGCUGUGCAGGCUGAAAGAACUGAAAAAGAACUAUCAAACCGAUCUUGAAAACAAGAAAAAAGAAUUGGACUCGCUUACAAAAAAAGCAAGAAACAGAGAAAAAGAACAAGCCAAGGUUGACAGACUCAGGGCCAGCCUUGCAGCAAAAGAAAGUGAAACAAACGCCAUGGAAGAAAGGCUAAACCAAACAAAACCGCUGGACGACCUGAAAGAGCAGGAAAGCGAGCUGCAGCGCCAAAACGAGGAAGACCAGGCAAUCAUCCAAGAUGAGAAUGCCUUGCCCUCCGACAAAGAAGCCACAGCAGGCAGAGUGGCAGAAAGAAACGAGGAGAUCGCGUGUUUGCAAACUCAGAUUGCGGAAAGGGAAAGGGGGCGGCCUCUCUUGGAAAGGGUCAAAGAGAUCUUCAAAAAAAAUGGUGUGACAUUGACCGCUGUUCUUCUUGCUGCCGGGGUCACAAUCGGAGCUGUCAUCGGUGCCCUCACAAACACUUUGAAAGCCACUGGUAAGGCUUUGGGAAAUAAGGCAAAAGAUAUUGGUGCGAAACUUGGUUCUCUGCUGCCCGGGCUAAUUGGCUCGAUUGUGAGCUUUCUAUUCAAAGCUGCAGGCCAAGCCAUCGGGUUUCUGGCCGAGCACACCUGGCUGCUUAUUCUUGCCACGGUGGCCUUUUUGUUUGAACAAUAUCUUAAUAAGUGGCGUUAACUUUACCGCCAAGCCAUGAGCAAAGCCGAUAAUCCUAAUACAUCGACAAUUACCGCUGUUUGUUUAUUUCGUGUUGCGGUGUUUUAUCUGGAGCCUUGGGUUCUAUUUUUUGUGCCGUUGGUUUUGCUUGUUGAGUUUCACUCGAAGCUGAUUUCCUUGAUUCAGCUGUUGCAACUUUGUGUAUCGGGUUGGAUGGAUGGCUGUUGGGAGGGUUAAUCUUUGACUGGCCGCCUGCCAUUAGUUCAAGCACACCUUUUUUUGUCUCCGGGUUUACCUCGUUGUUUACCCCAAGUUUCAUCCCGAAGACCGCCUGUUUCAGCUUGCUGUUUUAACCGAUCGUGGUUUCGGUAUUGAUUAUCAUUUGUGCGGGCAUUAGCCAGGCCAUGGGGGCUACAGCAAGAUUGAACCUAACCUUCGCUUGAUCCACCGCGAGCUGGUACCUUUGCACACUCUCGGCCAGGUUGGGCUGUCUGAUCGUGUCUGCCAUCAGAACAAGAAACUCGCUUUGGGCUUCUCUCACUCGACCGCCAGAGCCGAGAAUACUGCUGCAUACAUUGACCUGCACGCCCAGGAUGCAAUAAACGAGAGCCUCAAUUGACUGGUUGAUUUGCGCCAAGCCCGCCUGCGUAAAACCUGAUGCUGUGUUUGGCGUGAACCAGUCUGUUUGGGUAUCAGAAGCGGCACCCGGCUCGAUGUAAUAAAUCAAGUCCCCUUUUAUAGCUUUCCCGCCUUCAUCACUGAAUUUGUUCCAUCCCGGGUAUUUAUAGUCAGUUUUAGU